UGCCGGCGGCCGGAGUCGCGGGCCAGUGACGUCAGGCCGCGGCUGUCCAUCAAUGAGUCCGCCGCACCUCAACCCUGCUGCGCCGCCGACACAGGUGUUUCACACAACUACUCAAGUGUUCCGAUCUUUGCCGGCCACAUCACAUGACUACACUGCAGUGCUCCGCGUCAGAGCAGCGCAGGGUUCAAAGAUGCUGACAAGGAAGAUAAAGCUCUGGGACAUUAAUGCUCACAUCACAUGUCGACUUUGCAAUGGAUAUUUGAUUGAUGCUACCACAGUCACAGAGUGCCUACAUACCUUUUGUAGGAGCUGUCUUGUGAAAUAUCUUGAAGAGAAUAACACCUGUCCGACCUGCAGGAUCGUCAUUCACCAGAGCCACCCACUGCAGUACAUAGGACACGAUCGUACAAUGCAAGAUAUUGUCUACAAACUGGUGCCUGGUCUCCAAGAAGCGGAAUUAAAAAAACAAAAAGACUUUUAUCAGAAACUUGGCCUUGAAAUGCCUGGAGAGGUGAAAGGUGAGACGUGCACAGCUAAACAACUGUUCGACACACUCCAUGACGGUGAAACAAAGCCAGAAGAUGAAUCAAAUAAACAGAAAAUGGAGGACAAGCCAGAGGAAGAACAUGAUUAUCACAGAAAUGAUGAGCAGGUGAGCAUCUGCCUGGAGUGUAACAGUAGUAAACUGCGAGGACUGAAGAGAAAGUGGAUUCGAUGUUCAGCACAGGCUACUGUUCUGCACCUGAAGAAAUUUAUUGCCAAAAAACUCAACUUAACAUCAUUUAAUGAGUUGGAUAUUCUAUGCAAUGAAGAAAUCCUUGGAAAGGAUCAUACUUUGAAAUUUGUCGUUGUCACUCGAUGGAGAUUUAAGAAAUCGCCACUUCUGCUACAUUACAGGCCAAAAAUGGACUUACUAUGACAUCAAGUUUUAUUGCCAGCUGAACUUGAUAAGGUGCAACCUUUGCAGAGACUGUCACCCAGCACCCAGACAAUGCAUCACUGGAUCUAGCAUGUGGCACACACCAGCAAAACGCACAUACCAGAUCAGAGGUCCUGCUCAACUGGGACCGACUCAACAGCAGCCUGCUUCUGUGCUCUCUCCUAACCUUGUGUUGGAAAUGCUCAUGUUUAAGUGGGUUUACGUCAUAAUGUUAUUAUGAAAGGAUCAAAUGAAAUUGCACCAAGACACUUUUUUAUACCUGGUUUCUAAAGACAAUGCAGUGUGCUGAAUUUGAUGUGUUAGGCGGCUUUGUUGUGGGCACAAGAAGUCUUUUCUAGUUUACAUUUUGACCUUUGCUUUAGCAGCUCUGUGAUUUGGAAAUGUUUCAAUGAUGUUUGAAUUAAGCUGUGGGUUACUUUGGCUUUCUUAUUUAAAGGACCUUUGGAAAAAUUUUUGUAGUUUCAACUCAAAAAUUGUGGACUGAAGUUGGUAGAUUUUUUAAAAAAAUCUAAUUGUGUGAAAUUGCCCUGUUCACUGUUUGAACAAUAUUAACCCAUGAGUUUGUGACUUUAUGAAACACAGAGUCCCCAUUUUUCAAAUAAUUCUGUUUCUAGGUGCAGAUUCAAGGUGAUAUUUAACCCUUACUUCAAAAUUGAACUUUUUUUUUACAAUGCCAAUGUUCCAGUUUUGGGGAACUACAUUACAGCAUUAUAUAAUGCACUACUCCCUGUCUGUUUCCUGGCCUUGCAGCUGUAGAAAUGGCAGCAUUCAGUAUGAGCACUGGCUAGAAACGUACUCCAACAUCUGCUGGAAUCUAAUCUGCCUCUGCAAUUGCUUAUAGCCAUUCAUAUUCAGUCCUGGCAGAUUAGUCCCAUUCAUGGUCACAUGUCCUAUCAGCUAUAUCAGUUGCUGAAUAAAUAUUAAAUUGCCUAUUUAAAUUGUUUAAUGAGAGAUUUCUGUGGGAUCUCCAAGUCUUUUGGUGCGAUAGGUUGGUAGAUAGUUAAAAUUAUCAUUGUUUUUAUUGUCUGUUUGCAAUGACCAUAUAUCUUCCAUUGGGAUGUCCACCACCCUCCAAAAGGAUAUUCUCAGGAGAGGUGGUAUCUGCCUGUUACAUCCAUAUAAUUUUGAGACACUGUAAGAAAAGGAUUUGGUGCUCAGCUGUGUUAAGCGAUGAAACUGUUGCUCCCGGUACUUUGAUAAGAACACUAUUCAUAUGCCAAUUGGGAACAGUGGAAGACCUUGGCUGCGGGAGAGGAUAUCUGAUGGCAUUAGUGAGGGUUUAUCCUAUAUUAUUAAUGGCACAUUCUGAAGGAUUAUAUAUUUAUUGCAAAUUAUAUUAUAAUUAUGUGUUUUAGUUCUUGGUAUGUGGUGGGUUUUGUUUUGCACUGUGUACCAGGUUUCUAAGAUAAGCAGCCUCCUUUCUAAAAGGUAGUUUAGCAUUAGAGUUGUGCAUUAAUAUACCAGGGCAGAGUUAUGCUUGUAUAGUGUGCUUGUAAAUAUUUUAAUGUGUAUAACUGACUUCAAAGAUGUUGAUAUGGAAUGUCUGACCAUUGCAACUGUGUACAGUGACUCACAAAGUACUAUUUUUGGCAGCGAUAAUUAACAUUUUUAAUCUAGGCGGCAAGAAAAUUAACAAAAUUACAGUGUCUAUAAUUUUUAUGACAGAUUAAAUUAAAUAUUAUUUCAAAACUGUAUACAUGUUUUAAGGGAUCUCACAAGGAGGUUUUAAAAUGUUUGGUUACGUGGCUUGAAGACAAAUUGUUCUCUAAUUUUCUUGUAGAGCAAACACUGAAGGACACUGCACUAACAGAAUGAACAGGCUUUUCUGUAGGCAUGGUUCAGUGUUGCUGUAAACAGAACCUGUAGGACAAUAAAGAAACUUGCACAAUGGAAUAUUCACUUAUACUGGCCAUCCUUUUCAAAAAUUACAUAAUUACCAAUAUUCAUAACUGAUUCCACUUUAAAGUUGUUUGGACGUCCAUUUUAGUAGAUAGUUAGCACAUCCAUAAGUGGUCUGUUUCAUUUUGAAAUCUACAAGUAAAUUGGAGUUUCUGUACAUUUUAGUAACUUUAGCUGAUUUCGACACCACAGUAGCAUAGCGGUUAACGUGACAUUAUUCAGUUCAGGACAUCGGAGUUUGGAGUUCAGUUCCGAUAUCCUCUGUAAACAAGUUUGCAUCCUUCCCUUAAGAACAUGGUUUUCCUCUGGCGCUCCAGUUUCCUCUCACUGUCCAAAAGCAUACUGGUCAGUAGGUUACUGGUCAGUGUAAAUUGUCCUGUGAUUAGGCCGGGAUUAACUUGGUGGUUUCUGGGUGGCGAGGCUCGGAGGGCUGGAAGGGCCUGUUCCGCACUGUAUCUCUAAAUUUAAGAAAAUAAAUAAAUGUUUGGUGAAAUUUUACAGAACAUUGCAAAGGGGCACUGAAGUGUAUCGGGUAGCAGAAGCCAGGCAUAGUCCAGUAGAAUUCAGAACUGUUCCUCUACUGUCAGUUUAUUUCCUGUCCAUGACCACAGCUAAUUGAAACUAUAUCUUCCAUGUAAAAUCUGCACAAAGUAUAAUGCGCCUUAUGCCCAAGAUUUAUAUUUUAUUUAAAGUGUAUCAUUAACCAUAAAAUCAAAAAAUUUUAAUGUAAAUUCAUUUAGUGACAAUGCAGUCUUUUCUUUCAGCCCUAGCAUUUCAUUUCAUGUGUUCAUUCUGUCUGUGCUCUUUCCUUCAGUCAUAGAGCGCUACAGCAUAGAAACAGGUCCUUUGUGCCAUCUAGUCUGUGCCAUUUAAUGUCUCUCCUGCAGCUUUCCUCAGAAUGAGCUGGACUCAGUGAAAAGCCCGCCCCCUGUUCUAGAUACUUACUGGAGAUAACCUAUAUUAAUUGAACAGGUUUGGCUACUAUUCCAACAGUUGUUUCACUGUUACAGCUUGUUUGACCAUUGUAGAGAACACUGAAUCAGCCACGUAAUCACGCUGGGAUUUGCUGAAACUCUUGGUUGGUGGUCAGCUCAGGGCCACAGAACUCGGUGCUCAUGCUUUCAUUACCAGAGUGGUGGGGUUUAAACAUACCAGUGUCAUGUUACUCCACACCAUCUUCCAAAAUCCUUUUCUUUCAGAUUUACAAAGGAAUCAUUGUAGUUAGGCUUGUUGAGGAGUGUUUAACACAAAGGUGCUUGUGUUGCUUCAUUAUCUGCAUCGGCUUUUGGAAGAAUGGUGCUUGAAGCACAAUGUUGACAGUGCAGAGUUGGACUGGUAUGAACAGCUUUAGGGUAUACAACAGGAUGCCUGUUGCUGAGGAUGAAAUAUUUUUCUGCACCACAGGCAGGAAAGCUACGGAGAUUGCAUUUUAGUACGUUGAGUUUAUGUUAUUAUUUAUGUAGUCAGUUCUUUGCAAAACAAAAAAAAAGCCAAGAUAGUUUACUGUAUCAGUGUGAAAAACUACAGCACAUGUAUUGUUUAAUGAACUCUUGCAUAGAUUUAACUGGUAUCAUUGAACAAGUCAGACAAAAGAUAUGAGUGCCUUUUACAAAAUCUUGUCCAUCUGUAGAUGUUGUAGUGAAUGGUCCCUUUGACAUAUUUCCAAUAACCACUCAGUGGUUAAUGAAGAUCAUAGUGUAUGGAUGCCACAAGUUUUAGUGGGGAGAUUUUCCUAUCCUGAGAAGAGCUGUGUGAAAUGUAUCAUUUCAAACUGUUUUAAGUAAGAAAGCCAAAGUGAAGUGAAGAUGACAAAGCUGAGGAAGCCAGCAUUUGGAAUUUUUGAUUUUCAAUGCUGACAAAAUGUAACAGUUCAAAACUACAAUCCUUCAGACUGUGAAGGUAGGUAUUGAUUUUGAGUUCUGUUUUGUUAAUGCUACUGGAUGAGUGAACAAUUUAGAUGGGACUUGUUCAGAAUGAGAAUAUUUUAAAUCUUAAAUAUUUGCUCCUCAUUUGUUCAAAUGGGAGUACUAUGUGACAUUAGAUGGAGAUAGUCUGAACUGUUUGCUCAUCCUGAUUUCCUGUUUGCCUAUUAUGUUGUUUUUGAUAUGGAAAGCAUAAUGUGUCUGUAUGGAUCUCUCUAUGUGGUAUCAGAACAGUAUUAUGUAUACCACCUUUUACUCCAACAUGAAUCAGUGCUUUUCAAAGGUAAUAUUGUAAGUGGGCCUUUAAAAACAGUUGGCUGGGUCUGAGAAUUAUUAUAUACUGUCUAACUUUAUUUUCUGUUGAGCUUUGCAUCUAUGAUCUGCUUCAUUGUCAUAGUAACACCAGAGCAAAUGAACUUGCAAUAAGCUUUGCCACCAAUUUAACCUGAAUUACUAGGUACAUUUUUUAGCUCUCUGGUACAGUGAAGUAUUUCUGUGGGAUUAGGCACAAUAUUUACAGCAGCAGUUUGCAUUAGGAAUUGAGUUAAUGUUUUUAUUGCUUUAAUCUUUGCAGUAAUUCCCUCAUGGUUGGCAAUGUCCAUGUUUCACACCUGUUUUGACUUAAAUCUUUAAAAACCUUUUCUCUUUUAGUGUUACGGGAAUAUACCGUAUAUUCUCAGCAAGUGGUGGGUAGGGAAGUAUAGUUGAGUGCUUACAAGGCCAUGAGACUGCCCCUCUUGUUUAGUAAGGUUGUGGCUGAUGUGUGUUCAAACUACAUAUCAAUCUUUAUUUAACAUAAACUUUAUUAACAUAAUCCUUCAAUCUCAGAUUUAAAAUUAAAAAUAAUGUAUCAUCAGUUGUGAUUGAUAAUUGAGUUCAAGUUCAUUUUAUUGUGUUUACAGCCAAAUGAAACAAUGUUCCUUCAGACCAAGGUGAACACAGUACCUGUAACUCACACACAAAACAUAAAAUAAUAUUACCACGAAUAAAUUAACAAGUAAUAAGGUGCAUAUACGAUACCAGUUAAGUGUAACUCUACUGGCACUUCAUACUUGAAGCUCCGAUCUUUCACUGUUGCUUAAAUAUAAAGUUGUUUUCUUGCUUUGCUGUUGAAUGUGUUCAUUCUAAUUUUAAACCCUGUGUUUCAGUCAUAGAUUCCCCAAUCAACAGAAAUAGUCUCUUUGCCAAUGGUCCCAUUUGCUAUAUUGAAUGAUAUCAUCCUUUAUUUUUCUAAAUUUUAGGGAAUUUGUCCUUUAUUUUGGUUAUUUUUAAAUUUUGGCAAUGGGAAGUUAUUCUGGUAAAACUGCACUGCAGACCUCCAAAGCAAAUACGUUGCUGAGGGAUGCUAUCCAGAACUGCUUAAAACACUCUAGCUGAGGUCUAACCAGGAUUUUAAUUAGCACUGAUAUGUUAUUUCUUCUAUCUUUCUGUAUUCUGUUUCUUCGGAUAGGCUAACUUUCCAGUAGAUUUUCAUUAUUUUUGUGACAUUGUAAUGAUCCCCUCUGUGAACUUCUGUCUCUUUGGACCUUCUGCUCUUUUAGUCUUGCACUGUUUAGAAAUUUCUCACUGUCCAAGGAGUAUGAGCGGCUCUGUAACCUCUAGUGAUGAUGCUUUUACUUGCACUGUUUACAAUCGUGGCUUCCUCGCUUUCCAUUGAAGCCAUUAAUAAAAACAGAGAAGAGUCGUUUUACAGGUCACUGCCUGUAUCAGCAUUUGCUUGUUACCUUGCCACUUCCUUAACCAGACUAGUACUGUAUUUGAUUCCAAACGCUUAAACUUUUGCAUUGGUUGACUUUGUAAUGAUAUUUCUCCAUUCACUACUUCAGGGAAUUGGAUCAGCUUCUGGGGCAUGGCCAUCUUCACAAAUCAUCUCUGGCUCUCAUUCACCGCCACUAUGUUCAAUCACUUAGUCCAUCCAGACCUCAAUUCCCUGGCUACAGAUGUGAUGGUAAUUGAUAUACAAUUCCCUGCUCGCUUAAAUAAUGAAGUAAUCUGCACAAUUUUUCCAGUUUAUAGGAAAAAUUCCCAAAUCAAGGACAAUGCAGGUUUCUAUUGGAUUCUGAAAGGUUCUAGCCUGGGUUGGAACCUGCCUGGUCCUGGUGAUUUGUUGUUCUUUAUUAUAUUACCAUUGAUUUCUUUAUGCUUAACUUUUUGUGAACCUCUGCCUAGUUGAGUUUGUUUUCUUGUUUCCUUGGGUUAUCUUCCUGUGUUGUAAAUACUGAUGCAAAGUAUUUUCAUUCACCAUUUGCCCUUUCUUCUUGCCUGGACAUUAUUUUCAUGAAAUUUUUUAGUAAUAAUGUUAUUCAUACUGGCAAAAUUUUCAUGUAUGUUAUUGAUGGGUAGAUGACCUGUUUAAAUCCUGUGUAAUUCUAGCAUUCUAGUUGUGGGAAUCUAUCUGCCUGCUUCCAAGAAUUUCAGCAUUUAAAAGGGAAAACGGAACAAUAGCUACAGUUCUAUUUUCUGUCCACUGUAUUUUCAGCUUGAUAUCAAAGCUUGUAUGUAUUGUAUAAAUGCAGUGCUUAUAGACCAACCUGUAGUGUUGAGUGAGUGUGCUCUUGGAGAACGAUUAUUUUACAUCUUCUGUAAUGAGUGAUUUCUUGUGGAAUUCUGCUUUAGUGGGGCUGAAUGAAAAUGCAAUUCAUGCUGUGAAUGCUGAGGGAAUGAAAGUGUGCUUUUGUACGAAAAGCUAUCACUGGGCACCAUAUGAAUACAAAAACAGUACAAAUUCACAAUGUAUCUGUCUCACUUUCAACAGGAUGUAAUUGCUGGGAUGAGGACAUCAGUAAGGGAGUGAACACAGUGAGUUGUGCUAAAGUGCUAUCUUGCACCUGUAAUUUCUAGCACACCAUAUUAAAGCAGAGAUAUCAUUUGACCUGUCGAGUCUGUUCCAGUUCAAUGCAAGAAAUAUCGCCAUUCCCACCAGCACAAUUGCCCUGUGAGUUCUUGCCUUCCCCAGGAUCAUCCAGUUCCCUUUUCAGACCUGAUCCUUCCCUUGAUCUGCCCUUUCUAUACCCUGUUGUAACCCCUUCAGAACUUCUCUGAAAACAAUCACAGCUCUUCUAGUCUUUCUGUCACCCAGAAAUAUUUGAAUAGAUCUCUCUCCAAAGUCUUGACAUUUCUCUCUAUCAACAUGCAAUAUUCACAAACUGCUGGAUGAACUCAGCAGGCCAGGCAGUAUCCGUGGAAAAAGAAGUAUAGUCAAAGUUUUGGGUCAGAAUCCUUCGGCAGGAGUGGAGAAAAAAAGCUGAGGAGUAGAUUUUAAAGAUGGGGGGAGUGGAAAGAGAAACACAAGGUGAUAGAUGAAACCUGGAGGGGGGGGGAUAAAGAAAACUGGGAAGUUGAUUGGUGAAAGAGACAGAAGCCAUGGAAGAAAGAAAAGGGGUGAGGAGCAUCAGAGGAGGUGGCAAGGAGAUAAAGGUGAGAUAGGGAAAGGGAAUGGGAAAUGGUAAAGGAGGGGUGUGGGGGGGGGGGGGGGCAUUACCAGAAGUCUGUGAAAUCAAUGUUCAUGCUAUCAGGUUGGAUGCUACCCAAGUGGAAUAUAAGGUGUUAAGUGUGGCCUUAUCAUGACAGUGGAGGAGGCCAUUAAUGGACAUAUUGGAAUGGAAAUGGGAAGUGAAAUUGCUGCUUUCUGUGGGGAUUGCUCCCUACGUGGCUCCUUUCUCCAUUUGUCCCUCUCCAGUCCUGUAAGGGUUUCGGUCUGUAUCAUUGACUGGUCUUUUUUCCACAGAUGCUGCCUGGCCUGCUGAAGUUCUUCAGCAUUCUGUGUGUGUUGCUUGGAUUUCUAGCAUCUGCACAUUUCCUCUUGUUUGUGAUUGCAUCUCUGUAUGGAACCUAGUGGAUAUCUGGCAGAAAAACAGGUUGGAAUGAACUGAAUAGGCUGAAUGGCCUGUUUUUGUGCUGGAGUGUUGUAUGACUUUAUUAGCCACCCUCUAUCCUUCUAUUAUCUCACAUGUGGCUAGCAUGAUAUACACAUCUCAUCCAUGGCCCUGUCAUUCUUUCCCUAUCUUUUUGAAGAGUUCUAGCAUAUGCUUGGUUGGGCCCCAGGUAUCCAUCCAUCUCUAUGUACUUUAAAAUCACCAGCAUCCCCUGUUUGUAAUGUGGGUAUGUUUUAAAACACGCACGCACACACACACGUGCCCCCCCCCCCCCCCCGGAGGAACACAGCAGGUCAGGCAGUAUCUGUGGAAGGGAAGAAACAAUCAACAUUUUGGGCCGAGACCUUUCAUCAAGACAUUGGGAUUUGGCCCAAAACACUAACUGUUUAUUCAUUUCUAUGAACGCAAUGCCAUGGUAGCAUAGCACAAUGUUAUUACAGCUCGGACUGUUCUGGAGUUCCGAGUUCAAUUCCUAUGCUAUCCUGUAACAGCUUUCUGUGUCCUCCCAGUGGGGUGCAUGGAUUUUCUCUGGCUAUUCCAGUUUCCUCCCACAGUCCAAAGACAUACCUGGUAGGUUAAUUGAUCAUUGUAAAUUGUCCUGUGAAUAGAUCAGAGUUGAUCGGGGUUGGUGGGGUGGCAUGUCGAAAGGCCGGAAAGACCAACUCUGUGCUGUGUCGCUAAAUAAAUAAACAGACAAACGAAUGGACAAAUGAAUACUCCAUCAUGUCAUGCUACUUUCAAGGAUGGGUGAACACAUACAACUGGUCCCUCUGUUCACAACUAUUGUCUCUAUACUUUUUGCCAAAGUACGAUAUCAUUUCACACACCUCUGGGUUAAGUUUGUUUGCAUUUUGCCUGCCCAUUCACUUAGCUUGUCUGCCAACUAGAAAUGUAAUGUCUUCUCCUUCAUCACUACCAUACUUGCACAGUCUGAAACAUCACGUGGAGAUGUUGCCCUGCACACCAUAUCAAAAUCAAUAAACUACGGAAUGAAAAGUAGUGUUCCUAACACUGACCACUAAAGGGUGGCACUGAGUUCCAUCCUCACUCGAUAGUUCAGCACCUCUCUAUGCUUGCUGCCUUUAAGACCAUUUUCAUUACAUGCAGAUGGAAUCUAGAGCAAACUUUCAUGUUGGAAUUUAUCAGUUGCCUCCUGAAAAUCCACGCAGUUGACAUUGACUAACCUCUGGUUUCACAUCAAAAACUUCUUAUUGAUUUGUCUUUAAUAAAUCUCCACUGGCUGUCUCUUAUCAUCUCUAUGGGAUUAAAAUAGAUGGGGUGCCCACUGGUCAGCAUGGGUGGAUGGGCUGAAUAGCUUAUUUCCAUGCUGUGUACCUAACUUAGAGUCAGAGAGUACUUCAGCACAAAAUCAGGCCUUUGGCCCUUCUAGUCCAUUGGAAGCUUGUUUUUCUGUCUAGUCCCAUCAACCUGCAGCUGGACCACAGCUCUUCAUACCACUCCCAUCCAUGUACUUACACAAAUUUCUCUUAAAUAUUGAAAUCAAGCUUGCAUCCACCACUGCUGCUGGCAGCUUAGUUCACACUUUCACCACCAUCAGAGUGAAAGUUUCAUAUUACCUUAAAUAUUUCACCUUUCACCCUUAACCCAUGACCACCAGUUGUAGUCUCAGCCAAACUCAGUGGGAAAAGCCUGCUUGCAUUUACCCUGUGUAGACCCUAUGCUUAUCCUCUUCUGUAAGUGCCAAUAAUUUUUUUUUCUUUAACUGGUGUUCCUUAAAAGUUUCUCCACCACCAAGAUUAAACUGACAGCCUCCAUUGCCUGGGAUCCGUGUACUCGUCCUUUAUUUGACUGUUUCUUCCUUUCAAUCUAAUGCACUCAUUUAAUCUCACUAUAACGCACCAAUUACCUUUUAUCAUUAUUUGUUCCUGCCGCUCUAUGAUAGGCAAUGCAGGAAGCAGAUUUGAACAUUAUCACAUUGACCAAAAAUACUGGUAUAUUGUUUUACAAAACGAAUCAAAGAAGUGAAGGUAUUCUGCAGAAUCCAUAAUAUCUCUACAGCUGCACCUAAGGGACUGCAUACCCAUACUGAUCUUUCAGCAAAGUUAGACAAUAAGUAGAUUUGGUUUGCAUUCUUUGAAAUGUUUAGUUCAUAAACGUCGAACACUACAGGCCCUUUAGUCCAUCAUGUUAUGCCUACCUACAUAACCCUCCAUUUUUCUAUCAUUCCUGUGUCUUUCUAAUCAGACUACAUUUCUCCAAAUGCUUGCAAAUCCUGUCUCUCAUAAUCUUCUCCAGUAGUUUGCUCACCACUGAGGUAAGACUCAUAGGUCUAUAAUUCACAGGGUUAUCAGUAUUCCCUUUCUUCAACAAAGAAAUAUCAGUUGCCACUCUUCAAUCAUCUGGUAUUACUCCCAUGGCCAGUGAGGAUGCCAAGAUCAUAGUUAAAAUAAAUAUUUUGGAAUUUAUAUAAUGAAGUCAAAGUCUGAUACUUAUUUCAAUGCUCAGCUGUUGAUGUAUGAACAUCUUUUCAAAAGAUCAAAUAUAUUAACAAAUUAAUGUGAAGUCAUUUAUAUAUAUAUGUAUAUUGAUUUAAUCAGUGUACAGCUCAGAACAAUUACACAUCUUCCACUUGUGUUCCACAAGUAAAGACAAAGUGUUCGAAUAUUCAGAAGUCAGGCCAGCAACUGUGAAGAAAAAUGCAGUUAACAUGUUUUUUUCACUUACCAGUAGAAUAAAAAAUAUUAGGAACAAUCAGCUGUUGAAAGUGAAACAGUUAAAGUGUCCCUUUGUUAGAACUGAGAAAGAAACCAAGUUUGUUGUCAGUGGUGAACUGGGUGUGGUGGGUAGAACAAAGGGAAUAUCUGUGACAGGAUGAGAUGGUGAAUGAAGCUGGCAGUAGGAGAUUCAGCUAAUAUUAAGUGAACAGCAAGGGUAUGGACUGAUCUCAGAGCAAGUGAUAAAAAUAAAGUUGUGAUGGAAGGCAACAGUGUACUGAGAAGGAGUUGUGUCUGUGUUGGCAGUCAUUGUGUCAAUGCAGGAUGUUGGAGAUACAGUACUCACUUUCCUGGCUCCAGACAUUGGGAGGAGACAUUAGCUCUGUCUCUCCACUGUUAUGAUCAGGGAUGCUACACUUUCCCAUUGCUUUCUGUACGUAUCUGCAGUUUGAUAACUGUAAACAUUGAAGUGCCCAAUCUGAGGAAGGCUGAUGUGGACGUUGGUCAUACCUUUGAUGUAUUGUUUACACCUUGUCCACUAUGAGGUUGGUGUGUAGGCACACUCAUGUUCUGGCACCACGGAGACAAAGACCAUGUUACUGUGAAAGGACCUUUGUGCCAGCCUACUAACAAUGGCCCAGUAUUCAGCUUUAAAGUAAGUUAAUAGUUCGAGCAGUAUUUUCUACAUGUUGACAUUACCACUACAAACUUCACUAUUACACACAAUUCUGAUGCUCACCUGUAUAUUAAGAAGCUUUUUAUUAGUGAGGUAAGUUGGCUUAAUAACAGUUUUGCUUAAAACCUUCUUGUAAAUACAGGUUGUUUGGUGCUAACUAACCAUGCUGUGAUAACACAGUUGUUCCAGUCUCCUGAUUAAAUUGGGCAGCAGAUUAGAGUGCUGUUGCCAUACAGGGCAUGCUGACAGCUUCAGAUCUACACUCAGCAUUCCAGUUGUGAUCACAGCUGUGAGCUAACCAAGGUGCAGCUUGGGUGUCUCUUCAGAAACCUCUAUCAAUCUACCACUGAGUUGGUACAAAUCCUGUACAGAUUAAUCCUCUGGCAGUGCCACUAAUGUGGGUAUGAUUACUUGCCAGCUUUACUGAUGGAGUUAUUUCUCUCAGAAUAGAAUAAAUAACAGAAAUUACAAUGUAUGAUUUUGGCCUUUAAAGACACAGUAUGUUUGGAGGACAGUACAGAACUAUGGAAUCUGACAUAAUUUGAGGAAAUUACUGUGGUGGAACAGUGCUAGUGUGGGGAGUCCGGAUUCUCCAGAACCAUGGAACAGUGUCCGUGUGGAGAGUCCGGGUUCUCCAGAACCAUGGAAUAGUGUCCGUUUGGAGAGUCCAGGUUCUCCAGAACCAUGGAAUAGUGUCCGUGUGGAGAGUCCGGGUUCUCCAGAACCAUGGAAUAGUGUCCGUUUGGAGAGUCCAGGUUCUCCAGAACCAUGGAAUAGUGUCCGUGUGGAGAGUCCGGGUUCUCCAGAACCAUGGAAUAGUGUCCGUUUGGAGAGUCCGGGUUCUCCAGAACCAUGGAAUAGUGUCCGUGUGGAGAGUCCGGGUUCUCCAGAACCAUGGAACAGUGUCCGUGUGGAGAGUCCGGAUUCUCCAGAACCAUGGAACAGUGUCCGUGUGGAGAGUCCGGGUUCUCCAGAACCAUGGAGCAGUGUCCGUGUGGAGAGUCCGGGUUCUCCAGAACCAUAGAACCGUGUCCGUGUGGAGAGUCCGGGUUCUCCAGAACCAUGGAACAGUGUCCACGUGAAGAGUCCAGGUUCUCCAGAACCGUGGAACAGUGUCCGUGUGGAGAGUCCGGGUUCUCCAGAACCAUGGAACAGUGUCCGUGUGGAGAGUCCGGGUUCUCCAGAACCAUGGAACAGUGUCCACGUGAAGAGCCUGGGUUCUCCAGAACCAGGGAACAGUGUCCGUAUGGAGAGUUCAGAUUCCAAGAAUCCCUCUCAGUAUCUUAGUUAUCUAACUCCUUUAUUGACUCCCAUGUAAACAUUGAUUUAUGCUGCCUUAUUCUGUUAUUUUUUAAGAAUAGCAUCACUCACAACCAGAACUGAACUUGGUCAUCAUAUUUGAAGAGUAUUUAAUUUAUAAAGUGUGUUUAUUUGUGCAGGAGGAAACAGGUUGGUGUUUCAGAAAUGUUCCAGCGUUCACAUUUUCUAACAAACUGAAAAAGGUAAUUUCAACCUUAGGGUUGGUUCUGGCACUUAUUCUCAAAUCAUGAAUGUUUCAGAUUGGACAGUAUCAAGUCUGUGCAGGUAGGGUCAAAGUUGGAUUCAGAUAUGUUUAAUUGAGUUUCAAAUAUUGUACAGAAUUAGAGUUUAAUGGAUUGUGGCUGCUUGGCAGGUCACAGCUCAUACAUCAAAAAGGAAACAGACAUUAAAAUGGAACUGUUUGUAACUGACCCAUGCUGACUGAGAAAUAUUUUGCCGUGUGUUACUGCAGGACAUCUUCCUGCCACCAACUCAGUGACAGCUAACACAGUGAGAAUUGGAAUCACAUGGUUUCUCAGUAUUUUCUGUUGUUUAUGAGAUUCAGAUGAAUGAGAUAACAUCGCGGUCUGCAUUAACAUAACUUUCUUGCAAUGAGUUUGUAAUUCUAAUGGAAAACAUCUCCUUAAGUAAACUCUAGUUACCAGAUAAUGAAAACCACUCAGGUUUACAUCAGAGAUCCAUGUGAACAAAUACCUCACUAAGGCACCACCCAGUUUAUAAUAAACUGUUGUGAUGAUGUAUUAUUCCGCUACUUCAAAUGUCUUCUGUAAUGAGAAUGUUUUGUAUGCUUCAUGUAAAUUAAACCACUUUUUAGCCCUAUAAUGUGCAGAAUUCUUUUGUUCUGUCAAUUAAAUAAAUUAUUAUAUUUGUGA